AUGGGAUCUACAAGGAGAUCCAAGACAAAAUCGCCUUAUGCCAGACGCCCUGCACGUGCUUCCGGCCCCUCGGCGCGCCCGGUGCAACCAACACAAGAGUCCUCACAAAUACAGCAUGCGGGAAGUGGUAGCCAAGUGAUUUAUGCUCCUACCUGUGGCCUACAAGACACAUCCGAGGUCAGUCCCGUGAAUGCCACACUGCCAGUGAACAUCACAGGUGACCAGCCUCAGCUGCAACAGACCUUUAGUGUUGCCGCAUCUCAAAAUAUUCCAGAUGUGCAGCCUCUGCUUCAAGACACCUCUAUGACUACAGCAACAAAAAAUGUUGUGUAUCAGCCAGAUUCAAUCUGGAUUGUGGGAUCAUCCCUUAUUAAAAGAGCAGAACAAUUUUCUUUGAGUUCUCCGGAAUUUGGCACAGACCUUUCUUUACCAGGGGUAAAAGUGUUAUGGAAGGGAAUACCAGGGUUGAGUUUUGCCAAAUUCUCUGAGGUCAUUUCUGACCUGUCCUCUACAAAGCCACAUCCGAGGUUUCUUGUUAUCCAUGUAGGUGGUAAUGACAUUGCCAAACUUAAUAACCCAUUACGAAGACAACAAAAAUUUAUGAAAACUGUUAUCAACAAGUUGAGUUUGGUUAUGCCUUUGACAUGCAUUGUCUGGUCACAUAUUUUGCCCAGGGUAUAUUGGCGUCAUUCAAUUUCAAAUGUUGCUGCAGAGAAAUCAAGAUCUAGGAUUAAUAGUUCUAUUGCUAGCUUUGUUUUAAAGUCAGGUGGUGCUUCAAUUAAGUACCCUGACAUCAGUAUUGUUCAAAGUAAACUCUUUCUUAAUGAUGGAGUUCACUUAUCUCCCUUAGGUAAUUAUGUCUUUUUGUCAACAAUGCAGGCUGCUCUUAGGCAAUUUUGCUCUGGUAAUGGUUUUGUUUAUCCAUCAAAGUGAACAGUGCAUAAUUUUGGAAUUGGAACUGUUGUGGCUUUAUGAAGAUGUUAUGAAAUAAUUUGUGUGUAAUUUGUGAAUGGUAUAUUUUACCUGUGGUCAAAAUUCAGCCGCUUUGAUGGCGGUUGGAUUUCAUUAUGCUUGAAAUCCAAUUGGCGCAAUUUUGACAAGUAACCAUUUGCUGAGGGAUACUGUUGUCUCCAGGUCCCCCAGCUCUGAUAUGGUUUGUUUAAUAUUUGUGAAUGCUAUGCUGCCAAAAGCUUACAAGUGGUAAGAUCGGCGCAUAGGGCAUGAACAUGCGAGUGGCAUGUUAACUGUGAAUGUAAUUUGUAAUAAAAAGCCAUGACAGUUCCGCCAA